CAAAAAUUGCAGGGGAAGCAAAGCACAGCAAAAGCGAAAAAGAAUUAAGCCAUGAGUCUUCUACUGGUGCUAUACCUCCUCCUCCUCCAUUUAUGCCCAGCAAUAACAUCAGCAUUGUCAAUGGUGAAGCCUGGGUGCCGAGAUAGAUGUGGGAACGUCACAGUUCCUUACCCCUUUGGCUUGGGCGAUAAUUGUUACAGAGAACCAAGGUAUCAGGUAUUCUGCUACAACACUAAUGGCCUUCCAAAACUGUUUAAUUACGUCGGGGAACUCCUAGAUAUUUCUGUACGAGGCCAACUACGCACAUUGUCCCUUGUAACUACAGAUUGCUACGACUCACGGGGCAAAUCGAUCUAUGACUCCGUCUUAUUGUUUAACUCAUUAACCAGCAACAGUAUUUUCUCGAUCUCUGAAACAGAGAACAAAUUCACAGCGAUAGGUUGUGACACAAAGGCAGAACUCACUGGCUUUCCUAGUCAACAGUUCAUAAGUGGAUGUAGAAUGCUUAACACCAACAAAAAGGACUUGAUGAAUGGUUCCUGCACAGGUUUCGGCUGUUGCCAGACCUCCAUUCCAAAGGGGUUCUACGACUUCACCAUAUCGGUUUCAAGCUACUAUAACCACACCAUGGUUUAUGAUUACAAUCCUUGCAGCUACGCUUUCAUCGUUGACCACAACUGGUACAACUUCUCCAUAUCCCAUCUCUUUAAUUUCACCACCAAUUUCGAUGAAACAGGUGCUCUGAAAGUCCCUCUCGUUGUGGAUUGGGCCAUAGAUUGGCCAAAAGAGAGCAAAAAUGGAUCUUGUGAAGAAGUUAAGAAAGAUCUAGAAACUUACGCGUGCGGCAAAAACAGCGUAUGCCGUAUCUCCAAGAAUGAUCUUGGGUACAGUUGCGACUGUUCUCAAGGUUAUCAUGGGAACCCUUACCUUCCAUACGGAUGCCAAGAUAUAAAUGAAUGUGCGGAUCCAAAUACUAAUCCUUGCAGCUGGACUUGCACCAAUCUACCUGGGAGUUAUUCUUGCUCUUGCCCACUUGGUUAUCAUGGAGAUGGAAAGAAAAGUGGAAGUGGCUGCAUCCCUUAUACAAAGCAUCCCUCCUUCACACGGGUCAUUGUAGUUUCGUCUGUUCUAGGGGGUGUGGGUCUUGCAUUUCUAUUCUUUGGUUCCUUGUGGUUGCAUAAGGUAUUGAAGAAAAAAAGGAAAAAUAAACUCAAACAAGAGUUCUUCGAACGGAAUGGUGGCUUGUUACUAAAACGACAAAUUUCUUCAGAGCAAGGUGAUAUCAAAGCAACAGAAAUAUUUACUGAUGAUGACUUGCGAAAGGCAACAGACAACUAUAAUGAGAAUCGAAUUCUUGGUCAAGGAGGGCAAGGUACUGUAUAUAAAGGUAUGCUUUCAGAUGGAAGAAUUGUAGCAAUCAAGAAAUCUAAAGGGGUUCAUGAUCAAGGCCGAAUCGACAAGUUCAUUAAUGAGCUUAUAAUUCUUUCCCAAACCAACCACAUGAACGUGGUUAAAUUAUUUGGAUGUUGUUUGGAGACUGAAGUUCCUCUACUAGUUUACGAGUUCAUCUCCAAUGGAACUCUUUUCAGCCUCCUCCAUGAUAAAAGUGGUGAUGCAUUCUCAUUUACGUGGGAUCACCGCUUCAGAAUUGCUAAAGAAGUUGCAGAAGCACUUGUCUACUUGCACUCGGCAAUUUCUACACCUAUCUAUCAUAGAGACAUCAAGUCUACCAACAUACUCUUAGAUGAUAGAUAUAGAGCCAAAGUGGCAGACUUUGGGAUUUCAAGGUCAGUGCCAAUUGAUAAAUCUCACUUAACUACCUCAGUUGAAGGGACAUUUGGGUAUUUUGAUCCGGAGUAUUACCAAUCAAGUCAAUUCACUGAUAAAAGUGAUGUUUAUAGCUUUGGAGUGGUACUUGUGGAGCUAUUAACAGGGGAAAAACCAAUUUAUUCAACUACAUCAGAAGAGAAGAGAAGUCUAGUUUCCCUUUUUAUUUGUUCAAUGGAGGAGGAUAGACUCUUUGAGGUACUUGAUGCUCAAGUGGUAGAAGAGGCUAAAUAUGAGGAACUUAAGGCAAUUGCUGUACUUGCAAAUAGAUGCUUGAACAUGAAUGGCAAGAAAAGACCCACAAUGAAAGAAGUUGCAACCGAGCUUGAAAGACUGAGAGCUUCUCCAUUAGAGAAUUUGCUAGUCCAAGAAAUUAAACAAGAUGAGGAUUAAAUUAUAACUAAACCAAUAGGCCUAUGGGAUACUAGUUCAGUUUCAACUACAUUUUAGACCAUGGAGACCAGUGCUACAAUUCCAUUAUCUAACCAGCCAUUAACUUUUAAUCCAUUGCCUUGGUUUUUAUCUCAUGAACAAGAUUUGGUAAACUUUGUGCAA